AUGUCAUCUGAACUAUCUGCCAUGGUCCGCGAAGCGAACAUUCCCAUCAACUACCACAAGAAAUUCGUCCAUAUCCUCACAGAAACAGAGGAGGGCAUCAUUUUUAAAUGCGCCGACAGCACCACCGAAACCGCAACCUGCCUUGUUAGCGCUGACGGCAUCCACUCCCGCGUCCAUAAAUACCUCUAUCUGGACCUGGAACCUAUCUUCACUAACAUCGACGCUGUGACGGCUGCUGUGCCAGCAAGCCAGCUCUAG